AUGACAUCUCUCAGAGCAAAGUUCCAGUCACGAUCCUGGCAAAAGGAUCAAUUCACCAUCUCAACAGACCCCACCUUAUUCCCUAUCUCCCAGCUCACAGAUAUCUUCAAUUCAAAAGAGUUCUACUGGGCCAGCGCGCUAUCACCUGAAGCCUUUAAAGAGGCCCUUCACAACUCCCUGUCUUUCGGCAUAUACGACUCGGCUCAAUCUUCCGGACCAGAAUCACCAGGCAAACUGAUUGGCAUCGCUCGACUCGUGACCGACUUUGUCACCUUUGCGUAUCUCACAGAUGUGUGGGUCGAUCCAACAUACCAAGGGCAAGGCUUGGGGAGCUGGCUUGUUCGUUGUUUGCGAGAAGUGUUGGACGAGAUGCCGGAUCUGCGACGAGCGAUGCUGCUCACGGGAAAUUGGGAAAAGUUUGUACCGUUCUAUGAGAAGCUGCUGGGUAUGACCUUGGUUGAACCAAGAAGGGGUGAAGGACUUGCGGUUAUGGAAAGCAAGGGACAAGGACACCCGACGUAUGGAAAAGCAGGUUUAGGCCCUCCCCUGAAGAAGAUUUUCUACUCUUGGUACUGGCCUUAG